UUUCACGAAAAACAGGUUACAUUUACUGGAAUGAGUAGUAACAUUUAUUUCUAAUUGAUCAGGAACUACGUAAUCAUUUCUAUAAAUUGUCGCGAAUUUUAUAAGAGAAUAAAGUUGCACACGCGGUUUCGAACAAUGGAAACUUACGACGAUACAAUCGUGUAGAAUAGUUUUUUAUAAAACAGAAAUAAAUCGCACUUUUUAUAAGAAAAUCGUGCCCACCGGAUGGGAGCCACUAGUGUACCGGGUACUUUGUGAGCAUUUUAUUACCAUUUAAGAAGUAUUUUGUAAUAAAAACUACGAGACAUCUUUUCUCAGGGCGUAUAAUAACAUAUUCGUUGACAUGACAGAAAGGUAAUAAUACAUAUAUUCAAUACGAAACCGUUACUUUGAAAAGAUACAUACAUAAAGCAACGUUGCCAGUUAUAACAAGUACAUCACAAUCUAACUUUGAACUUUUACUUCUAGCUAUAUUGGCGUAAUUAUGGCGGAGGAGGUGCCGUUUCAAGAAUUGGAAAUAAGUGGUGCCAGAACUCGAAGUUUCAAAAAAGAUAAAAUAUCAAAAUUGGCUGAAAACGAAUUCAAAUGCAAAUUAUGUGAUGUUAAAUUAGGAUCACUUAUACAGAUGAAGUCACAUAUUGACGGAAGUAAACAUAAAAAAAACAUGGAAGCUUAUCGUGAAAAAAAGGCUAAACUCAAAAAUGAAAGUUCUUCCGACAUUAAACUUACUAAACCUGCUUCACAUUCUGUUAAUGAUGAUAAACCUAUCGUUGUUAAAACUGAACCUAAGAGCUCUUUUUACUGCAGCAUAUGUGGUCUAAGCAUGAAUUCUCAGCAGCAAUAUGAUCAACAUAUCAAUUCAAAAAAACAUUCCACCAAAGUUACCAAAUUAUCGUGUUCCAUAAAGGUGGAAAGUAACGAUUAGCCAAAAACCGCUAAAUCUAAAUUGAGUAAAAACUCUUGAUCGACGAAAGUAUUUUCAAGAAAUGCAAGAUAAGUGUUUUUUAUACCUUGUAUGUACUUGUACCUAUCUAACUGUUGUUUCCUAUUUUACAGUUUUGUUUUAAUAUAAGUAUGAUUAGAAGUACCCUUUUUUUCGUUGUUUUCCGCCAUAAUAUUAAUAUUAAGUUGAAGUAUGCGUGAAGUUAUAAAUAAAGUAUUAUUUUCCUUCAA